AUGAGUCUCUGGUCGGGAUCAAUUGCUCUCGAUCCGGACCGCCCCCUAGAAGGGAUCCGCUUAUUCGACCCGACUUCUCGCUGGCAAUGCGACAUAUCCAAAACCGCCAAACUUGGCCUCCGCAGUUUCGUCAACCCGGCCUUAAUUCCCCUUCAUGCCCGAGUAGGACCAAGCCUUGAACUACAUACAACCAACCCUGGAACAUCGCAAUGGCUCCAACGUAAAUUGAGUGGAGCUCUCUGGCUGAAUGAAGAUGAGCUGGAACUUCACCAAUCUAUACAAUGUCCCGUUGGUCUGCUGGUUAGUGUCGACGGGACUCCAUCUAGGAAGAGCGGCGCAAACACAUCAGACCUCUUAGUCUUUGGCGUGUUAUCAUCGUGCACACGACCACCCACCCCGCCCCACUCAUCGCCAUUGGAUUCAAAUGAUCCCGCCACUGCUUCAACCAGUAAACCUUAUGAGUUGAGGAUCUAUGCAGCUCCGCUCUCAACAGAGCUACUUACCCAAGCACAAGUCUUCCCAUCUCCCCCACCAAGCCGUGAUGGGCACUCUCUGUCAACGCCAGCUGAGUUCCUACCAGACAUCAGCUCCCCAAGCCCCAAGCGAAAGCGGGUAGCAACCCUCUUUGAGGUUGCUGCACAACAUCACCGCCGUGUAAGGCAAAAGGGCGGCGAGGCUGUUUCACAAUUGAUGGCUCCCUCGCGACCCUUAUCCUCGUCACAGAAUCUCCAAUCUCUCCGAGUCAAGCGCGAACCUGACGACGACGCACCAAGCCUCCCAAGCCUCGAUCGAUUAGUCUCCCGCAGAUCACGAUCUGUUUCAAUUGGAACCAACAUGCACCGUCCCUGUAGUACACGUGGUUUACGCGCUGCCCCGAGUGCUAAUGCAGACCCUCAAAAGCGUCCUGCGACGCCAAAUCCAUUCCUAGACUCCGGCCCCCGGCGCGGAUCACAGCAGGUGGUGCCACAGUCUCUUCCUUCUACUACCGUCGAAACAAAAUCAAGCUCUCCUCCACCUUCCCCUCCUAAGAACCCUGAAUUCAUCAUCGCAGAAAAUAAAAACUUAAUUACGCGCACCAUUCUGACAUGCAUGCGGCUUUUUGGGUUUCAUCGCUCGAACACACGAUCUUCAACUAGCAAAUUGAUCGCCGGAGGAGCAGAUCCAGAUCCUGAGACUUCCAAUUCAACACCAGCUGCUGAAGGGCUCCGUGCGCAGACACCGGGUCCUGGGGCAUCAGCUGACGACGACGAAUUCAAGGCGAUGUAUCAUGCAACAUAUAAAGCAGCGGCAUUUGCAUUGCGCAAAUAUUUGAAAGAUCCAGCUGUCGCCGGUGGUGCUACGCCCGUAUUGUUGGAGAAAGGAAAAGCGAUGACAUGUAUUGAUGAGGUGCUUCGACUGUUCUGUGAAGACCAUUGA